AUGACACAUCCGAACUCUUUCGCAUUUGACGACUUUGUCGUUUGGCCGCCGUCCGAGCCUCCCGACUUGCUCGCCGAUUACACGACCGGCAUUCCGACCGACCGUCUAUCGUCUAAGACCUCUCCGUCAACGGACGCCGAUGCCGACGAUGUCGCCUUGGCCAGUCAAAGCACGGCGCGGCGCGAUCGGGGACUGUCAUUUAAUGGCCGCGAAAGACACCGAGCAGACCUGGUUCUUGUGCCUCGCGCUUUCUGGGCUGCAAUUCUGCAGCCCAAGCUCGAGAAGCUUCUCGACAAAAAGCUCCUACCGAAUAAGGCAUACAAGGCCGAAGAAACUAAUGUUGUGGUAUCCGUCACGGAUCGCUCGGAGCGGGACCUCGUUAAGCGGUUUGACGAACUGGACAUUGAGUGGGCCAUCCUGGAGAGGCAGCUCCAGGCAUGGAGUAGACUAUUUCGUGCCGGGAAGAAGCUCAGAAUCCAGAUGUCAUUCAAGUACGUCGAGACGAGCCGAUCGCGGAACGCAACAGCGCGGCAGGCUACCAAGCGAGUGUUUUCGUCCACCUCCGACCGGAUGCUCUCCGAGCGGGCCAUGCAGCUUGAUGCUGAAGAAGUCUCAGGUCAUCCAUCCAUCUGGCGUGAAGUGUAUAAUCUGAUGCGAUUCCCUGGGCCGCCUUGCCACCUAGGACCAUACUGCUGGCGUGACUCCAUUGGAAACAGGCACUACAAGCUAAAGACUCACCACCUGAGAAACCUCAUCAAAUGCGUAGAACAAGGUUGCAGUUUACAAACCCACGACGAUAUGCCACAUGAAAUACGCGAACAGCUGUAUGCUAAGGAAGCGCAGUAUGCGGAGCGGCAAAGGAAGCAAGGGGCCUCCCAGGCUAACUUUCCGCCCAUCAACAUUACCAACGUUAUGCCCGCCACCCCUCAGGCCUCAACGCUGAGUUCGGUACCAGCAACACCUGAAUCCACAGGACUAGUUUCAUGUGAUCAUUCUGCUCGGCUUGAAAUACCAGGGUUGCGUGAUAUUGCCGUCAAGCGGUAUUGCGAUUGGCAAUGUUGGCAAGUUAGUGAUGAAGCUCUUAAGAUGGAGUACUGGAAAGCUUGUGAUUUGACACUGGCCUAUGGUCUGGACCUUGAGCAGGUCUUCAAGGACCAAGAUGCGGCGUUUUAUAUAGACAAUAGCGUGAAGAGAGGCAUUGCUCGGCGGGUUGUUAGUGACAUUGGCGCGUGGGCUCAGCAACAAAACUUCUAG